AGGAGUGAGAGAGUGGGGGAUAUUUAAGUUCCUGCUGUGAACCGAUUGCCGUCAUUAUCGUUCAUCAGUCUCUCUCUAGGUCAUUCUUCUGUUAGGGUUUUACAAGCUUGUUGUCUUUUCGUAUACCUUGUUCUGAGUACCAUGGAUUCUGCUGAAAUCGAUAAGAAUGGUUCAGAUAAGAAUGGUUCAGAUGAUCUGCCACCACCGCCUCCUGUUCCUGAAAAUGUUGUACCACUUAAAGGUGAAUCAGAUGAUCUGCCCCCACUACCACCUCCGCCUGCUAAGAAGAAGAAUGCCCGUCUUCCCAUGGCUAGACGUGCCCUUGCAACUAGAGGUCAAAAAAUUCAACUGCUGACAAACCACUACAAAGUUGAUGUUGCAAAUGUUGAUGGGCAUUUCUUCCAUUACUGUGUUUCUCUUGCUUAUGAAGAUGGCCGUCCUGUUGAAGGAAAGGGUGUGGGAAGGAAAGUUAUCGAUAGGGUUCGUGAAACCUAUGCAACUGAGUUGGAUGGUAAAGAUUUUGCAUAUGAUGGUGAGAAAAGUCUUUUCACUGUUGGCUCACUGCCUAGGAACAAACUGGAGUUCACUGUUGUGCUGGAGGAUGUCACAUCCAAUAGAAAUAAUGGAAAUGGAAAUGCAAGCCCAGGGAGUCCUAAUGAUGCUGACAAGAAAAGAAUUCGAAGGCCUUAUCAAUCGAAAACAUUCAAAGUUGAUAUCAGCUUCGCAGCUAAAAUACCUAUGCAAGCCCUUGCUCAGGCUUUGAGAGGACAGGAGUCUGAAAACUCCAUGGAAGCUUUUAGAGUACUUGAUAUCAUUCUAAGGCAGCAUGCCGCCAAACAAGGGUGCCUACUUGUUCGCCAAUCUUUCUUCCACAACGAUCCAAAGAACUUUGCGGAUGUGGGAGGUGGAGUUCUUGGUUGCAGAGGUUUUCAUUCGAGUUUCCGAACCAGUCAGGGUGGUCUGUCUCUGAACAUAGAUGUCUCAACAACCAUGAUUAUUCAACCUGGACCAGUUGUUGACUUUCUCAUUGCAAACCAGAAUGCUAAAGACCCAUUUUCUCUUGACUGGGCAAAGGCCAAACGUGUUCUAAAAAACUUGAGGGUAAAGGCCAGUCCUACAAACCAGGAGUACAAGAUAACUGGACUGAGUGAGAGACCUUGCAAGGAGCAACUGUUCACAUUGAAGAAAAAGGCCAAAGAUGACGGCGAGGCUCAAGAGAUUGAAGUUACAGUAUACGAUUACUUUGUUAAUUACCGCAAUAUAGAAUUGCGAUAUUCAGGUGAUCUGCCAUGUAUCAAUGUUGGAAAGCCAAAGCGUCCUACGUUUAUACCAAUUGAGCUUUGCACUCUGGUGUCCUUGCAACGUUACACAAAGGCACUUUCAACCUUCCAACGCUCUUCCCUGGUUGAGAAGUCAAGGCAGAAACCUCAGGAGAGGAUGAGAGUACUGGGUGAUGCAAUGAAAAUCAAUCGCUAUGAACAUGAACCAAUGCUAGUGGCAAGUGGUGUUAAAAUUUCCCAAUCCUUUACGCAAGUCGAGGGACGUGUACUCCAAGCUCCCAAGUUGAAAGUGGGAAAUGGUGAAGAUUUCUUCCCCCGAAAUGGUAGAUGGAAUUUCAAUAACAAGAAACUUGUGGAUCCUACGAGGAUUGAACGCUGGGCGGUCGCUAACUUUUCAGCCCGCUGUGACAUUCGAGGACUGAUUCGUGAUCUCAUCAAAUGUGGUGACCUGAAGGGAAUACAAAUUGAUCAACCAUUUGAUGUGUUUGAGGAAGCUCCUCAGAAUAGGCGUGGACCUCCCGUGGCAAGAGUGGAGAAGAUGUUUGCAGAUAUUCAGUCUAAGCUUCCUGGAGCUCCUCAAUUUUUACUCUGCCUACUUCCUGAGAGGAAGAACUCUGACCUAUAUGGUCCUUGGAAAAAAAGGGCUCUUGCUGACUACGGAAUUGUUACCCAAUGCAUUGCUCCAAUAAGAAUUAAUGAUCAAUACCUUACUAAUGUUCUGCUGAAAAUCAAUGCUAAGAUGGGUGGGCUGAAUUCAAUGUUAGCUGUUGAGCAUUCUCCUUCCAUUCCUAUGGUAUCCAAGUUGCCCACAAUGAUUAUUGGAAUGGAUGUAUCACAUGGUUCUCCUGGCCAGUCUGAUAUCCCAUCAAUUGCUGCGGUGGUUGGCUCAAGGCAAUGGCCUCAGAUUUCACGCUAUAGGGCUUGUGUACGCACUCAAUCCCCUAAGGUUGAAAUGAUUGAUUCACUAUUCAAGCCUAUAUCUGACAAGGAAGAUGAUGGUAUUAUCAGGGAGCUUUUAAUUGAUUUCUACUCAAGCUCGGGAAAAAGGAAGCCAGAGCAGAUUAUAAUAUUCAGGGAUGGUGUGAGUGAGUCUCAGUUCAACCAAGUCCUUAAUGUGGAGCUGGAUCAAAUUAUCGAGGCUUGUAAGUUCCUGGACGAGAAGUGGAACCCCAAGUUUGUUGUCAUUGUCGCACAAAAGAACCAUCACACUAAAUUUUUCCAGCCUGGAUCUCCGGAUAAUGUUCCUCCUGGAACUGUGAUUGACAACAAAAUCUGCCAUCCCAAAAACAAUGACUUCUACAUGUGUGCCCAUGCUGGCAUGAUUGGAACUACUAGGCCAACUCAUUACCAUGUUCUGUGGGAUGAGGUUGGAUUUUCUGCAGAUGAUCUUCAGGAACUUGUGCACGCCCUUUCUUAUGUCUAUCAGAAAAGUACCACUGCUGUGUCUGUAGUUGCUCCUGUUUGCUAUGCUCAUCUGGCAGCAACUCAGAUGGGGCAGUUCAUCAAAUUUGAGGAUGCAUCCGAGACAUCGUCUAGCCAUGGUGGGUUGACCUCUGCUGGACCAGUUGCUGUUACUCCGCUCCCCAAACUGCAAGACAAUGUCAGCAGCUCCAUGUUCUUUUGCUGAGUAGUAGAUCUUGCUUGCCUUUUGUUCGGCCUCAUCUAUAGAUGAGAAGCCUAUUUUGGAUGUAAAUAUAUGCCUAUCUAUCUAUUUUGGCUGCUGGUCAUAUAUGACCAUGAAAACAACUUAUCCACUAGGGUUUAUUAUAUGCAGGGGAAUCUGUUUGCCGCCUGCUUAAGUUUAAAACAUCAGUAGUAGUAGCUGUAGUAGCUUAUCUGACUAAACUAAAGCUACUCUUUUGUUGGCUAUCUAUCUAUCUUAUCCUAAAAAACUUGUUUAUGCUUCGUUUUA